AUGCCCUUGGAACAACCUUCAUCGAGCAUUUGCUACAAGCUUAAAUUACCGGAUUUACCAGCAGACCUCACUAACAACAAGGCAACGAAAGAUGAAUUGAAAAUAAAAAGACUAUCCCUAGAUUAUCGUACUGGUGCCGCAUUGCAACUUUCAAGAUCUAGUAUAUUCGCGCAUGGUGGUUUAAUAAUACCGUUGAAUCUAACAAGUAUCAACUCAACGGAUAUACAGAGAGAAGUCAUAUUAUAUUUUGCAAAGGAAAAAAAUAAGAGUAGUAUAUUUAAAAACUUAAAUGACUGGAUUAGUCCAGAAAUUUUCCGUUUAGAUUUAAUUACGAGAAAAUGGGGUAGAAUUUCAACUUCUCUCCAAGAUGAGACAAAUCUAACUGUUAUGCAGGGUAGACUAUUCCAUUCCAUUUGUAAAUUCGAACAAGACCUGUAUGUAUUUGGUGGACUUCUUGUUUCCCCUAAAAAUGACUAUGAGCUAGUCGCAACUAAUGAGUUAUGGAAAUUAGAUAUGGUUACAAGAAAAUGGUCAUUAUUAAGUUCAGAUCCACAAAUUACAAGAAGAUUUAAUCAUACAAUACACAUACAGAGUAGUACAGAAGAUAGUAAAGAUUGCAAGCUUAUCAUAGUAGGCGGUCUGAAUAAUUUAGAUCAACCAGUCCAUCACAUCGAUGUUUUCAACAUUAAAAAGAAUUUUUGGGAGUCAACUAAAUCCCCAAAUCAAAUGGUGACGAAUAUUGACGGUAAAGUGGUUUCUUUAACUGAACAUGGAAAUAUUCCACUAUUGCUCGAAAAUACUGAGACGGAGGUCCCUACUCUAGCGUUUUAUAUGUCUAUGUCAGAUCAGAAAAAACAAGUCGGUAAUAAUGGUAACGAUGAAGGUUUAUUGAUGGGCGAAGAAGAUGAAAAUGCAGUUCAGAAUGACACUUUAAUAGGUGAAACAGCAACUUUCACUUCAAGGUCUAACUCAGCUGAGAAGAAAAAUACACCAAUAAAAGAAAAAAAGAAAUUGUUGGGUACAAAGAUAGGAAAUAGCCACUCUUCCAUCAUGGCACUACCUCUCAUACCAAGGUCUCAGGGACUUUCAAUGCCAUCCUCCCAAGAUCACAAAUUUCUUGCGAUGCCACUCGAUUUACAAUGCCCAACAGGUGUUUACUUCAACUAUACUCUUAUAAUUGCGGGUUUCUAUCAGUCUCCGCAUCCUUCGAAUUUUCAUUGUUUCAUUUAUGAUCUUGCCUUUGCUAAGUGGUCGAAGAUUGGUCUCUCUUGCCCAGACAGCGAUAUUAAGCACCACAGAUACUGGAAAUUGUUCAGUUGGGGUUCCCAUCACCAAGCAUUACUGUUAGGUACAGAACAUGACGACGGUUACUUGCCAUCAGUGCAGAAAUUUGAUUCAAUUCUCACCUUUGAUUUACCAAUGAUAAACGUGUUUAAUAAAGUAGUGCGUAAUUCAAGCAUACAAACCAAUCCUUUAUGCAUUCCAGCUACUCCUACUACUCCUGGAACAGGUGAAAAUACUUAUUUCCCAUUCAGAAAACCAAGUUUCGCCUCAAGUACUACUUCGCAAUUUGAAAGUUACAUUAAGUAUAUUACUGCCCCUCUGGAGGUUGAAUCAACAAGUUCGGUAUUUGCGCCUUAUGCAAUGGUUUUAGGUAAAGAUGCUCUAGAAAUUUUUGGUAGUUAUUUAGCUGAUUUUGAACUAAUCACGAGCGAAGGAGAUUCAAUUGCCGUUCCACUCUACCUAUUGAGAAAACGUUGGGGUAGAUAUUUUGAUCUAAUUCUGUCAAAGGGCUAUUCUACCAUUUGUGAUUUUUAUGAUUAUAAAGGGUGUCAAUCUUCACUAGUAAAAUAUCCGCAUCAAGGUUCUAGAGCUGGGUCGAGCACAAAUCUACAACCAGUCGAUGAAAAUUUCAGCACAAAUUCUUCUAUACAUUCAUUUUUAGAUGAUCGUGAAGCAUCUCCAAGAAAUCGUAGAAUCUCUAUGACUGAAAGCUUAAGAGACCCAAACUAUAACAGACUAUCUCCAUCAUCAUCAACAUACAAUAUGCAAACCAUCAAUGAAUCUAAAAUAUCAAGUAAAAACAAUCCUCCGACAAUGAGCUCAUCUAGUGGCAUGGUUUUUAGAAUACCAUUCCAAGAAAUUCCAUCACAUGACAAAGCUUCAAAGAGCCGUAAUACUGAACAUGCCUCCUCAAGUCGAAGAAGGUCAUCCUUUGGGGUUGUUCCUGCAACAUCGGCACAAUCUACUACAACUAAUAACAUUGUUGAACAAGCUCAUCGUCGAGCUUCUCAUCCAACAAUAUGUUUCAAUGCCAAUGACAAUAAUGCAGUUCCUGGAAAGGUGAAUACUGGAAGACGCCCAUCUCUCCGGUUUGCUACCAAUGCCCAAAGCUCUAGGAAAGCAUCUAUAGCAUCUCAAACCAGCACUGUAUCAGGGAUCAGUUCUAUAUCCGACAAGCUUUCUAGACAACACACAAGAGGCAGUUUAAGUGGAACUGGUAGUUUGAACAAUAGUCGUCCUAUUUCUCCGAUUCCAUCAAUUUUAGGCAUAUCUGUUCCUCCACCGAGUCAACUCCCAACUGAUCCUUUACCGCCCCCACCAAGGUCGAUGCCGACAUCGAGAAGGGGAUCAUUUGUGGAAACAUAUAACUCGGUGAGGGCCAGUCCCUUUUCAUCUCGUCGGUCAUCUAGGCAUCGACUAAGUCUGCCAGAAGCCAAAAUAUCUCGACAAAACUCUUUUGAAUACUUCUUCGGUGUAUCUCCAAAUGAUGCACGUAAAUAUUCUUCUCAUUCAAAUGAGGGAAGUGUCACAAGCUCAAUCAUUUCCAAUGCCAUAAAUGAUAUGCCUGAAUUGGAACCUCUACUGACACCUCGUUCACUGUACAUGCCUUGGCCAACGGCCACAGUAAGAGCAUUCGCAGAAUUUUUUUAUACUGGUCAAGUCAAUGGUAAAUGCUUACUAACGCCUGUCAUCUUAGAUCUGCUAGUAAUGGCUAGAAUUUACGAAGUCCCAUUGUUGUAUACUCUUAUAACAGAGGUCCUAUAUUCAGUUAUUGGCAAGAAAGAGGAGAGUUUGGCAUUAAGUAUUGAAGAUACUCACCACGGUUUUCAUGAACUUGUGUCAAGAGCGUACCAUGGUAAUGAGGGAAAAGUUGGUCAGUUUCUUAAUGAAAAUGCCACUUUUUCCGAAUUACUCAGAUUGAAGAAGUCCUUAGAGAUUAUUGAAGAUGGUCUCUUAGAUCUUGAUCUACUGAAUGAAUACUCCGGAGCUCCUUCAGUGAGCACGAAUGAAGAUAGUUUGGAUGACGAGGAAAGCAGAAAAAAUGAUCUCAGCAACGAUUUCAAUAGUUCGAGAUCUUCUAUGUCAUUUAAUAAGUUUGCGUCAAAUGUGAUUUCUGGGGGUCCCAGAGAAAGUCAACAUUCCCUUGGUUCACUUGCAUCUCCUAUUAGCGCAAAUAUUUUACAAAAUCCAUUGAAUACAAGUCCUGUAAGGUUAUCUACUGGAGGGAACGUUUCGAGGCAAAAGAAGAAAUCAAGUCUUGGUAAGGAAUUCGAACCGCUUCCAGAUAUGGAUUUGAUGUUGUAUACUUUGGAAAGUCAUAGUGAUAUAGAAGACAAUAUUGAGCAGGAAACAUUACGUGGAUUAUCCGAGCUGGAUUUGAAAUCAACUCAUUAUGAUGAAGAGAAAUUAUCCGAUAAUACUCCUACUGAUAACAUUGAAACCCCUGAAAGACCAGAUAGUGGUUCUUCUUUCAAAUUGUUGGGUGGCAAAAUUGAGGAAGAGCCUAUUGGUAAGGGGACCACGUCCAACUUAGAUGAUUCAGUCGACCCACUAUUCAAGUUGAAAGAUAAUACAUGUCCUAAGAAUGUGAAAUCGUUACAAUUGAAUAUUGAAAUACCAGGUCCUUCUAAACCACCAUUGCACGAGUCAAUAAAUACACUUAAUAAUGCUAAUGAAGAAGAUGAAGAAGAUGACGAAGAAAACAAUGCCACUGGGCUUAGAGAACCGACGUUAGAAAAUCUAGUUUCUCCAAAUGCAUUACCUCCCUUAGAUAAUAUCAUGAAACUCAUUUAUAGAACUUCUGUGUUAGUGAAUGAUUCAAGAUUGAUGUUAAGAUGUAUGAACUGUUUGGAGCUUUCUAAGUCAUUAAAGAAGACGAAGAAGCAAUUAUUGAGCCAAGAGAUACAUAAACUUGAUGACGAAUUGAGGAAAAGUGGUAAGAUGAGGACAAAUAGUACUUUAGUACCAUUAUCGACGAAUGAAUCAAAACUGAGUGGUAAUAGCAACAGUAAUAGUAAUAGGGAAAUGCCUACACUACUACGCCAAAGAUCUGAAAGUGUGUUACAUCAAAAACUGAAGUAUAGAAACUCUAUAUCGAAUUUGAAAAACAGAACAGGUAGGAUGAAUAAUUAUUCUGUUGAUCAGUUAAGGAGAAGUUCGUCCAUUCUACAGCAACAAAUAUCGCCGAGAACUUCGGUUUCCUUGGUUGGUACCAAUUCAAUCCUUGCUAAUAAUAAUAAGAAGGCAUCGCAAGGGAGCAGUGAUUUGAAUUUUGAAAAUGAUAAGGGUAAAAAGGAAGAGAUCAACAAUGAUAACACCGGAUUCCCAUUUUUUGCCAAGAAGAAGUGA